CCCCUCUCCCUCUCCCUCUCUCUCUCUCACACACACAACUGUAACCUAAACAAACAUAAAAAAGAAAUUAAAUAUCCUCUUCCUACUUAUCCUUCGACAUAAAAACCGUUACUUUUUACUUCGAUCAUGCCAAAAAAAAACAUCUCUAAUUCGCAUCUACCUCGCCUAUUCAAACGCCUCCAGGAAUACGGAAAUUUUCGAUGAUGUUGGCCAAUUCGAGAGCGUCGAGUUAUCAAUACUUCUAUGCAAUGAUGACUUUGCGAUAUCAGCAAGUCACAGAACAAGAUGAUGGAGACACGACUUGAUUUGAUAAUGACAAAGAGGAAUGAAACGCAGAAGUAUUUGAGGAACGAUGUUGCUGACUUUUUAAGAACGGGCUUGAUUCCAUUGCCUACAAAAGGGUUGGACAAUUAUAUGCUGGGCAGAAUCUGUCAUCAUGUUAUAAAUUAUCUCUCAGCCAUGGCUGAACAGAGGGAAUGCCCUGAGGAGUGCCACGAAGCUAUCUCCACUUUAAUCUUUUCUGCAACAAGCUUUCCUGAUCUGCCAGAAAUGCACGACCUAAUGAUUCUAUAUGUGCCAAAAUGGUGUUUGGCAAUAGGUGUAGCACCUAUCAAUCAGGCCUCAUUACAAUCUUGA